AUGUUCACAUGGUUCAUUUUUUUUUUUUUUUUUUUUUUUUUUUUUUUUUUUUUACAUUUUUUUUCUUCUGUUUCCAGAUUGACACCUAAAAUUGGAUUCCCAUGGAGUGAAAUAAGAAACAUUUCAUUCAACGACAAGAAAUUUGUCAUCAAACCCAUCGACAAGAAGGCACCAGACUUUGUGUUCUACGCUCCCCGCAGGAAGCCGGACACCAUUGAAGUGCAGCAAAUGAAAGCUCAGGCAAGGGAAGAGAAACACCAGAAACAGAUGGAGAGGUAA